AUGUAUUCUAAAGAUGUAUCAGUCUAUUUCUAUCGCACAUUAUAUCGUCUUUCUUCUAUCACCCUAUUUAUAUAUAUCGCCCUCUCGAAGAAAGACUUGCUCAUCGGGAAUCAGCGUGCUCAGUGGGACUACAUCGAGAAGCUGUAUGCUGUUGAUGGUGUGGCAGGUGUCGGGUGGUCUACCAAAUUGUCAGACAAGCAUGUUAAACCAAACUCAUACGACAAGAUGAAGGUGAAACUUGCUGCGCAAGUCUUCAGCAGGGAUGUGGCCCACUGCUUGAGAAUACAGAUGAAGACAUAUCAACAACUACAACUAGAACAUGGUUAUUGUCCUCCAUCUGUGAACAUUGAUAAUGGACUUUUCACUGCUGAGAUCCUUUUAUUUAUUCACAAUUUAUUUAGCAGCCUUAACUCCUCCGGCCAUUCCAGUAGUGAAUUAUGUAAUUCUUUAUCCAUAAAUUCAUCCCAUCUCGAUUUUUGGAAUGAAGCAGUGAAGAAACUAGAAUCAAUGAAAUUCGAUGCGUCAGAUUCAAGAGAAAGUAAGCCAUUAUGUUUAAGAAAUUUUAUACAUGACAUUAAAACUAUAAAACAUCUCUGGUCAGAUCUCAGAUUAAUCUCAGGCGUUAAAUUUUUGAGUCUGACGCGUUUAAACCAGGAUCCCCUGGAAAAUUUCUUUUCUCAGAUUAGAGGUCAGGGUGGUUCUAGCACACACCCAGACUGUCAUAAUUUUGUUUCAUUGUUUAAAACAUUGUUAAUUAAUAACAUUACCACUGGUAAAUCUCUGUAUGCGAACUGCGCCGCCGAUAGUGAUAAAAUGCUUGGUACUCUAAGUAAUUUGGUUAGUAGACCAAAACUUGACACACGUUUUGUUGAUUACAGUUCUGAUAUUCAUAACGUAAAUUUUAUUGAAGAAUGUGUUCCACCUGAAAACAUUUUUCAAACGAAUGCUUUGUCUUAUAUUGCCGGUGCAGUUUGUCGGUAUUUAUUUCCGAAGUUGAAUUGUGAGCAAUGCCCAAAUUGCCGAAAUACACUGUUGUCUAACGAAAUUAAAUCAUUUCAUACUUUGAUUGAAAUGAAAGAAUAUGAUUCAAGUAACAAAAAAUUGUACUACCCGUCCAAUCAAUUGUUGUCCCUGGUAUGGGAGUGUAUAUCUAUCAUUGAAAAAAUUUUGCCAGACAUAUGUAAGGUUUACAUAUAUACAGAUUUAAUUAGCAAAUUUGAACAAAUUAAUACAUCUUGGUUUGAUUGUGUUGAGCAUAAAUCAGAUUUUUUAAAAGCUUUUUGGUUAUUUGUAAUAAGAAUGCAAGUUAGACAAUGGUGUGUUAAUUUCAAUAGAAGAAUACAUAAUGUUGAUUCGAGAAAAAAAGGAAAGGAAAUGGAAAAUUUGAUUGCUACAAAAGUAACUAAAGGCGCGAGCUAUAGAACUGUUCGUCGCAAAAGUAAUUAAGGUUUUUAGCCACUGUUUUAUCUCUUCUCUUGGACAGCAUUAAAGUCGUAUCAUUUUGCCAUUUCCGUUCGCAAUACAUUAAAACUCUGUAUCUAGUCAUCAAAUUAUAUCGAGCUCGGUAUCUAAAUUGAAAGAUGCCACUGCUGCAUCAUACCUGUGAUGCAAAUUUGACUAAAAAGCAUUGCCUAACCGCCAUUGCCUUAAGUUUUUAAUUGUCAAAGAUUAUUUCAUCUACAAAUCGAAAUGCCUAAUCAAUUAGUGUUCACAGUCACAAUACAUAGUAGGUAAAUCCGCUUUUUAGUCAUUGAGCGUUAUAAGGUAAAAAAUAUGCAGCAGUGGCAUCUUUAAUUUUAGGUAUCUAUUGAGCGCAGGAUAUAUUAAAUAUGUAUAUAUAUAUAUGUUGUAAUGAAUAAAUGUAUUUUUUGCAAAUAUUAAUGAUUAGCUGACAUGCCGUGGCUUCACUCGGGUGGAAUUCAGAAAAUCCUUAGCGGCGGGGGUCUGCGUUAUAGAGAGAACUUACUUACAAAAUUUUAAGUUUCUAGACCUAGUGAUUUGAGCUGUAUGUUGAUACCAACAGCGGCCCGCGACUUCGCCUGUGUAAUAGUUUAUAGUUAAAGUAAUAUUUUGAAUACUUCAAAACUUUUAAGUUUCCUAAGUUAAUGUCUUUUUGUAAAAAAAAACCUUUUUUUUGCUGUUAUAUUAUAAUAAUAUAAGCAUAAUCAUCUGAACUUGUAAAUAUUUUAUAAACACAGCUGAUAUCCUCAUUGAAGCUCUGGCUAUUCUAGUGGUUUUGUAUUGUAUACAUCUUUAUCAUUAUAAUUUAAACAAUUUGGGAUGAAAAAAUUACAAUCAAUAAAUUUAUCAUCCUAAAAAUAUGCUUGACGGUACAACCACAGUUUUACAGGGGUGCGGAGUUGCAAGUAACACUCAUGGUUUGGUUUUAAAAUGUUUGAUUUUCACACGCAUGUAAUGUAACUAUCUAAUCCUUAAACCUUGUUGAGCUAAAAUGAAUAAGAUUGAAGAAUUAACAUGUGCAAGGCUGGUGCAGUUGCGUGGGUUGCACAGACCAAGUGGGUUGCACGUAUUUUUAGGAUGACAUUUCUAUUGAUCGAUUAUAUAAUUUUAUGUUUUUUGUAUCAACUAAAUAAUGCAAAGGUAUAAUAAUUAAUCAAAUGAGCAGCACCCUCCAUAUGACUUAUGCCAAUACAUUUUCUGCUGAUGGAAAUAUGCUCCUAAAGCUUGAGUCAUAAUACCUAUCCAAAUCUAUCAUUGUUUAGUUGGUACUAUUUUAGUCCUAAUGUUCUCAGAAUUAAAAUAGAGUAAAAAUCGAAAUGUAAUAAACUACAAAAAAAAUAUUAAAAGAGAAACUAUUGAGUUUCUUGCCGGUUCUUCUCAAUAGAAUUUGCUUUCCGAACCGGUGGUAGAGUCACUUAUUAUAUUCUAAAUAAAGUUUUUAUAAUUUAAUUAAUUUGUUUGAUUUUAAUAACUUUUUAAAUUCCUAAAUUAUUAAUAGAGUUACCGAUGAAUAUCGAAAAUCGGUAAUCGAUAAUAGAAAAACCGUUAAAAUCUGUUGAAAAAGGACAUCACUAGAGACUUCCGGUUUACUCGCUGUCAAGCCAUCCCUAAUUUACUACAUCCGGCAAAUAAUUGCUAUAUAUACUAUUAUGUUAGAAAGAGAUGGUCGUGUUGAUUUCAUUGU